UUUCUCUAAGUCCCCACCAUCACUUCCACAGCACUGUUUUUUCUUUAAGCCUUAAUCAUCAACCUCAUCACGUUCUUCUUAUACACCUUUUUGCAUACUCUAAUAUUCUCUCUCUCUCUUUUCUUUAUAUUCGUUUAUUGAACUUUCAUAGUUGGUUACCAAUCUUUGAUCAUUUAAUGGCUACCCUUUGGUCAGUCAUGGUUUUCAUGGCUUGUUUCUCUUCACUAGCUUUAUCUUCGUCUCAAGUCCAUGCAGUUCAAUUCUCCAGUAUAUCAGCUGCCCCAGCAUUCUUGCCAACUGCUCCUCUAUCUUCUUCUCCUAGUUUACCCCCAGAUAUUGAGCCUUUACUUCCUACUCCUAAAGGUAUGGCACCUUCCCCUACCGAGUCAUCAUUCCCCACUAUUCCUUCAAGUCCUAGCCCUCCUAACCCAGACAGUAUGUUGGCUCCUGGUCCUGGUUUUGCACCUUCACCAUCUGGGUCCUUACCAGCAUCUACUGCGGUUUCUUUAGCUUCAGCUGGAGUUCUAAAUUCGACAUUGUUUUUUGGGUUGCUUGUGGCACUAUGCUUAUUGCAGCAGCUUUCUGGUGUGUAAGGAUAUACAUAUGCUAUUUGCUUUGAUGUACCUAACUAAAACUAGAGAGCAAUAAAACUCGCACUGCUGAAUUCAAAGGGACUCCAUUUCUUGGUGGUGGUUUGUUUCAUAAUACACUUCUUGAGGUCCACUUUCUCAUCCUUGAGCACUUGGACAGCCAAACUGAGUUGUCUAAUCACUUCCAUCUUCUCUUCAUCUUUCUGCAUCAACUGAGCCUUCUGAAUCUCGUUCUCUUCUUUCAACCUCUCUAUUUCUUCUCUCAACUUCGUCAAUUCAUCUUCGGAUACCUCAUUUGAAACUUCAUCCAUUACUUGUUCAUCAAGUAAGGUUCCGUCUCCCUUUGCAGCUUCUCCCUCUGUUUCAUGUUCGGGGUCAUCAACUUCAGAUGCAGCAUACGAACCAAAUGACUCCGAGUAACUGUCGUAGGUUUUAUCCAUCACAUUUAUUGUCUUCAUGGAUGAGAAUGGGGACACUGACGUUGUUAGGAGGCGAGUUCCAGGGUCUGUCUUAACUUGAUCGUACCGCUCGGCAAGUGAACGCUGGGCUCGGUAGAGAUCUUCAACCAGACAAAUCAGUUCGGGCCGCUUCUUGUAGUACAUUUCUGCACGUUGCGCAAAGGAAUCUGCAUCUUCCUCUAUCAGUUUCAGCAUCGCCUUCGUCUUAUGGUCCAGUUCUGACAUUGGUAUAAAAAACCAUUUCAUCAUUUAAGCAAAUGGAGGGAACAGAGAAACUAAACAUUGUAAAAGAAAUUUUGGGGAAUUUAAAAAAAGUGCCAAAUUUACUGUUUC